UUCGAGUUUGAGUGUAUUACAAAACAGAAUAAUUAAUAAUAACAGUACUACUCAAAUUUGGGUCAUUUGUUUGAUUUUUUGUCAAUCCACAGUCGUUUCAGUUGGAUCAGGCGAUUAUAUCAUGUGUUUUUGAACGGACUAGAUUGCCCUAGUUUUGACAAUGGAACAAUGUGAUGACCUAUACAAGGAGCGUAUGGCCGCGCUUUUGAGAGCGGUUUACGCCACAAAGUAUGUUAAAGAUGAUGUUGUUCCAGCUCAAAUUGAAGAGGGUCUCUAUUUGGGUUCGGUUGGAGCUGCUAAUAACAAGACCCAUUUGAAACGUUUGAACGUUACUCACAUAUUAACCGUUGCUACUUCACUACUGCCUGCAUACCCAACUGAUUUCACAUACAAAGUCAUUGAUGUGACGGACAAAGCUGAAGCGGAUAUCGCGCAGUUUUUUGAUGAGUGUUUCACUUUCAUUAAUGAAGGUAAAAGAUUGGGUGGCGUGUUGGUCCAUUGCUUUGUAGGAAGAUCCAGAAGUGUUACCAUUGUUGUGGCGUAUCUGAUGAAGAAGCAUGGCAUGAGUUUGUCUGAAGCUUUGAACCUUGUGAAAAGUAAAAGAAGUGCCGCUGCACCUAAUUCUGGUUUCAUGUUGCAGCUGCAGAACUUUGAAAAAUCUCUUCAAGGGAUUUAAGUCAGGAUGGUAUAAAAGUUAACGACUGCAAAAAUUGGAGGCGAAGAAUAUGCAACAGUUUAUCCAUGUAUUUGGGUGGUUGAAAUAGCCAUAUGUAUAAAUGUAUUGCUGUUGAUAGUCUCCAGUUUAUAUGAAUGCAAAAAUCUAUUUAUUACCCUUUUUUACUCACGAACCAAUUUUAAGUGCUUGAGAUAUUUUGUUAAAAUAAAAAGAUCUUGAGACA